UUUGAAUUCAUACGCAUUUGCCCCAAUCCAAUCUCCAUCAUUACGUGUUCAUACCAUUGACUUUCGAAUUCUUAAUCUCCCAAGCAAAGGCCCCUUGCUUUGUGCCGUGGCCAUGGCUGACAUACACCCCCCUUCAAGCCGAUCUCACCACCAUAUUGACCGUUGAAUCGCGGGCCGCUUGGGGAGAUGAACGCAACCACCACCGGCUCAGGCGGGUUCCUCAGCGGCAACAACAUCGGGGGCCUUGGCUACGGCAUUGGGGUCUCCGUCGGGAUCCUCCUCCUCAUCACCACCAUAACCCUAGCCUCUUACUUCUGCACCCGGAACCUCCAGACGAUGACGGCCUCCUCCUUACCCUUCGCCGCCAACCAGAGGGUGCGGCACCUCCACCGCUGGACGCCCCCGCCCGAUCCGGAGCAAGCCGUCAUCAUGGAGGUGGGCCUCAACGAGGCCACCAUCGCGGGCUACCCGAAGCUGCUCUACUCGGAGGCGAAGCUCGAGAAGAAGGGCUCAACUGCGAGCUGCUGCACGGUCUGCUUGGCGGAUUACAAGGGCGCCGACAUGCUCCGGGUGUUGCCCGACUGCGGCCACUUGUUUCACCAGAAGUGCAUUGACCCGUGGCUGCAGCUGCACCCUACGUGCCCGGUGUGCAGGAUGUCGCCUCUGCCGACCCCGCUCUCGACGCCGCUCGCGGAGGUGGUUCCGCUCGCAAGUAGGAGAGAUUGAACCAUAUAUAGAUCCUCAUGAAGAAGGGUGUAGGAUUCUGAAUUAAACAUGUUUAUGGACGAAUUGGUUCCCCUGUAAAUGAACUCACCUUCUUCUCUGUAGGGAUAUUCAUUCUUCUUCUUCUUCUUUUCCCAGCUUAUACUGCAGUUUUCCUUGUGCGAUUAGCCUCAUAUUCUUUUUGGAUCUCC